AUGGCACAUCAAGAAUCCAAUUCUACAUGGAGCAAAGACCUAGCCAAUAUACAGAAAGACAUUGCUAUCACCGUUAAAGAACUUACAAGAGAAAAAGAAUUAAUUAAUUAUAAAUAUGAAGAAUCUAAUACAUUUAAAGAUAGAGCACGACAAGAUCUUGAGGAUAAAAAUUCCAACUGUUAUCGCUAUAUUAUAACGAGACCAAUCUUUCCGUAUCAAGCAGCAUACACCUCCGUGGGAAGUCUAUAUUCUGAUUGCAACAUCCGUUUACCUGGUGCACUCAUAAGUGAAAGGCAUUGUUACUUCGAAAUUAGCGGUGAUAAAAUUACCGUCACUCCGACAGAAAACUCAGCCACAUACGUCAACGGUGAAUUACUUAAAGAAAAGAAAGUCCUACAUAAUGUAGGGAUUAAAAUUCUGAAUGAUAAAAUAGUCUUUGGUGAUCAAUUCUUUAGAGUAAAUUGUUCCAGAAGACGUGCAUUGAUUUUAACGCAACCUACAACAGUUGGAUCAAUUACAUUUAAACAUGCAUAUCAGGAGCUGUUAUCCAAACAGCUGGAAAAGUAA